UGUUGCUAGGAGACGGUGCAACACAUUAUACUGCUAAAGGCUUAUGUUUGUAACAAGUGUUUGGAGAAUAUUUGCGUUUGUUUGGCAAUUUAGUCUUCAAAUAAAAAUAUAGAGAUGAAUAUUGGAUCUUUGGAGUCAUGUCCUCCAAAAGCCAGAAUUCUGUUAUGGAAAGAUCUGAGUUACAGUGAUGCAGAAGAAAUCACCAAGACAGAGUCUAUACCCGAGAUUUCACGGAUUUUGUGCCAGGCCCUGCACCUCAAUGAUGCUCCUGACCCACAGCGAGGCAUUCUGCUCGAUCUGUACACAAACAUGGUGCUGUUCUGCAGGCAGCAAAAGUACAAUAAAGAGCAAACAUCUGUUCUUCUGUCCAUUGUGAAGAACAUGCACCAGCUUAACACAGAAACUCCCCUCAACAACAUGGACCAGUGUUUUUCAUACAGCACUGAGCUUCUGCUCUGUCAUUCUGUCCGAAGACCCCCUUUCAGUAUUGAUCUAUUCAACUCACAGCAGUUGACUGAAAUUAUGAAAUAUCUCAUCAACACAUAUAUGAGACACUACCUGCUUUACAAGUAUGUAUUCACACCUCAGAUGUAUUUGGAUUUAUCUUUGUCUUAUAUUGGAAUGCCUGAGGAACUCAAUACAGAACAACUAGAAACCUCUGAAACAGUGAAUGAAAUUGAAAAUGAAGCAGAUGGAGCAAGUGAGCAAGAGAUGGCUUCUACAGAAAUCCUGCCAGAGACAGAGGCAUCUAAACAAGAUCUAUCUCAAAAAGGAGAGCUGAGGACAAUUAUACAAAAGGAAGUAAAGGAGGAAGUGAUGCGUUUGACUGCUCAUCUUGAAAAACGCUUGCAGGAAAGUACAGUUCAGCUCAACACUGCGCUCACUGCACUGGAGACUAGACUUCAACCUAAAAAGUAAUGACAUCUUUGUCCCUGGAAAAUAACUUAAAAACAAACCUUUUUAGCUGUUACUGGAGCUUCCGCUGGAAACCAUAUAUACAAAUGAAAUUUGUAUUUUUCCAUUCGCAGGACAUAUAUAUAUAUAUAUAUAUAUAAUAAUAUAAUAUGCAAUAAAUAUCAGCUAUUUUUUAUGUUCCCUCUGUAAAAGAAAAGA